AUGCGUAUCCACCUCGUCAUCCAGCGUCACAGCCUCCCCGUGACGCGCGUUCUCUGGUCAACAUCCUCGCCUUCCCUCGAACAAACCGCCUCCUAUAGACCCUCAGCGAACUCGUCCGCGAUCGCGUCAACCCGCGCCCCGAAUGCCUUGUUCGCGAACAGCGGAUACACCAUUGCGCAGCUACUGGAAGAUGUGAACGAAGUUGUCCCGCUUGAGACGGAGCCAAAGUUAUUCGGGGAUAGGUCUACGGGACAGUGGGGGCUGGAGGAUUAUGUGGUUGAGGUUGCGGGGUCUGAAUGUUUACAUUUUAUGGAUGUGGAAGGCUUGUUGAGGGAUGGGGAUGAGGUUGUGAUCCGAGCACUUCAGAUUUCGGAUUUACGAGCUAGGCGGCUUUCAGGUCGUCAUCAGAUUUCGGUGGACGGAAAACAUCUUAUCGACGGGGUACCGUUUGGAAGACCAUAUUUGAAACGAUCGACGUCGUCAAGACCUGCGAUUAAUAUUCCUCCGAGAAAGAAGCGGCGCACUGUUUAUGGUAUCGGUGGGGGCUAUGAGGAAGAGGAUACUGAAUGGGCUCCGGUGGAUUAUGAAGCUACUGGGAAAGAACUCUCACACCUGCCGGACCAGCAUGGUGAUUAUAAUGAGGCGGACGACGAGGAUUUCUACGAGGAUUAUCAUGAGGGUGAAGAUAGUGAAGAUGAUAAUGAAGAUGACGAGACCGGUGAUGGUGACGAAACGGUCAUUCGACACCCUGUGGAAGAAAGGGUAGAGGGAAAGCCCGAGGAUGCCCAGGUCUCGGAGAGUGAUUUUGAACACGAGGCUGAAGCUGAGGAUCUAACCCAAGAACUAGAAGAAUUGAAGGAAGAUAUGCAAAGCUCCGGUCUCGAUCUGCUGGGCGUCUAUGACGAACAGGCCUCGCGAUUGCGAUCAACAAAAAGUCCCACAGUGCAAGGAAGUCCAUCUCUAAAAUCUCCGAUUCUACGAUCCCCCGGAGGACGUCAAGUUUCGAAAUCUGUGAGAUUCGAGAGCGGAAGACAAGUGCAACAACAGGAGUCACCGGCGCCUCACAAGGUGAAGUCUCCCGUGAGUGCGAAACAGCCGUCUUCCGCAAAGUCCAUCUCGAGCAAGGAAAGCAUGAGCAGCGAUUCCGACAGUGACAGCAGUAUUUCGAGCGACUCAUUAUCGUCGUCUUCAGACGAAGACAUCUCAAACAUCUCAUCGAGUGACACCUCGUCAGAAUCCUCCGAUUCCUCCGAUUCCUCUUCCGAAUUUUCAGAGGACAGGGAUGAAGAACGCAAGAUCACCGUCAACAGGCUCAAAGUAAACCCACCCGGUCUGGGCUCUCUACGAACCAAAAAAAGCAAUCACCGCAACAAGCUACGACGACGGCUAUCGAAGCUGAAGGAGUUGGGUGUCUUACCUGAGCAGGCAGACUUUUCUGCAUUGCGAGAAUGGGAGGAGAAAAAUGGAGACUGGAAAUUUGAUGGCAGCGCUCUGGCCAAGCCUUUAGCGGACGAGAAGCGUAAUGCUAAGGAGCAGGAACAGGCUGAGUUUGAAGCUAAACGGCAAAAGUUGCUACGCGAUCUUGCAGCUGGUGGCGUCGAUGUUUGCGAGUUUACUGAAAAGGAGAAUGCACCAUCCGCCCAGGGCGUGGAAGAGAGACAGAGCCAGAUUUCGGAAGAAGAUCGGGAACAGGCGGGGUUUAACGUCAAACGACAAAGAUUGCUGCGCGAUUUCGAAGCCGGCGGCGUCAAUGUUGACGCAUUUACUGAGAAGGAGCAGGAGCAGGAACAACCUAAAGAUGGUACCACCAUGGACGUCCAAACGAAAAGGCGCUCACUGGACGUCGCCAGCAGCCGCCGUUUGCUCUUCGGCUCCCUAGGUGUCAGAACUCCAAAGUCCAAGGAAGAAGAAGAAGCCACGCGGGAAAAGCUAGCCGGAAAAGUCAACAACUUCCAAUCCCAGCGGCCCGUCGAGGCCGAACAACCCGACGAAUCGAAAGAUGACAAGGACGAGAACUGGGAAGACAAGCUCAUCAUCCGCGCUACGGAAUGUGUCUUUGAUGAUGUCGAGCUGACUGCCCCGCCGUUCCCAUUUGAGCAGCGCUGGGAUGAGAAAGCGCAUGAGAUCAUCCGACAGCGUAAGGGUUGGGGGAAGAAGAGGAAGAGAAAGGAUAGGAUUCAGAUAUAUGAUGGGGGUGGCGAGGAGUAUGGGUAUGAGGAAGGCUACGAUGGCUACGAUGGCUACGAUGGCUAUGAGGAUGGUUACAAUGGUAAUUGGGAUUAUGAAAAUGGGGAGAUGCAGCUUGAGUACGACGAUGUCGAGCAGGAACAGCCGAACGGUGUGGAGGCGGAUGGAAUUGAGCAUGAGCAGACCGCGCCUGAGAAGUCCGAGAACGUGGAGGAGGGCGAUCUUCCUGAAUUGCCGGAGGAUAUCAGCACAAUCCCCGACUUGACCGAAGACGACCUCAAGAAAAACUCGGUCAUCGCAUUCAAACAACUCGACAUGUCCAAAGACACAAGCUGGCAACCCAGGGUAUCCGACUACCGCGUCGCCGAAAUCCACGAAAUCUUCGAAGAAGACAACAUCCUCAAACUCCGCCUCGCAAAGCGCCAUCGCAGACAGCCAAAAGCCAACAAUGACGAAGACGACGAAGACGAGGGUCCUCGCAUGUACAGUGGAUUCGAGAUGCCGGGAUUCGAGGAUGAUGAAGACGAUGAUGGGUUCCGGGAGAUGUCGUUUGCUGAUUUUAUUGAACCGAAGCUUCUUCGUACUGGUAGGGGUGUUGGGCAGGGCGAUGGAAAUGGAGAUGGAUAUAAUGACAUCUCUCCAGUUGUAGAGGAGUCUAUUGAGAAUACUCGUCCGGAUCCUGCACCGUCUGUCCCGAAUGAACCCAUCGAAGGGCGUCGUUCUCCUGUGGAAAAUGACCAGAAGAUCGAUUCGCAGGUCGAUCGUGUCGAUCGUGUCGAUAAUUCCGCGAAUGAAGCUGCUGAGGCUAGCUCUGCUGAGGAGAAAAAUGACAGUAUUGCCCGCGAGCGCAGUGAGAGCCCUGCUGUGAAGUCACCCAAGUUCGAAGGUUUCCGGUCUCCUCGAGUAGAAGGCCAGACAGACACCUCCCGAGUCCGCCCCACGUGA